CUCCUCCUCCCCUCUCGCCGGGUUAAACAACGAGGAAAACCUAACCUAAUCGGGAAAAAAUAUCGGAGGAAUCCAGAAGCGGGGGGCUCCCACCUUGUUGGCGACGAUGCUGCGCGCGGGAGGGAGGCGGCUCUUGGCCCCCGGGCUCCGGCGGGUCCUCGGCGGCGGGGCGGCCGCUCCGGUGGCCGUGGGCGGGGCGAAGGCGUACCACGAGCGGGUGGUGGACCACUACGAGAACCCGCGGAACGUGGGGUCGUUCGAGAACGACGACCCCAGCGUCGGGACGGGGCUGGUGGGGGCGCCGGCCUGCGGCGACGUGAUGAAGCUGCAGAUCCGCGUCGACGAGAGCUCCGGCAAGAUCGUCGACGCAUGCUUCAAGACCUUUGGGUGCGGAUCCGCCAUCGCGUCCUCCUCCGUCGCUACUGAAUGGGUAAAGGGCAAGCAAAUGGAGGAAGUAGUGACUAUAAAAAACACUGAGAUUGCCAAGCACUUGUCACUUCCACCAGUAAAGCUCCAUUGUAGCAUGCUUGCUGAGGAUGCAAUUAAAGCUGCCGUGAAAGACUAUGAAGCAAAGAAGGCGAAGCUAGCACAAAAGGGUGAAGAGAAGGCUGCCGAAGCAUGAGUGCCAGAGGUUCUGUCAUGAAGAAUGUUGCAGUGCCCUGCGUACUCGUAGUAAAGAACCUGUCAUGAAGAAGUCUCUGCUCUGCUUCUUGCUGGCGGGAAAUAGUGUGUAACGCUCACAAACUCUAUGCAGCAUGUAUCAUAAGGAUGAAGGCAAACAUUUUUGAAUAAAUGUGCUGUCAUCUUGAAAGAAAAAAAAAAGGUGUAUGCGUGUGUAUGGCCUAGUAAUGAACAUAUGGUACGGAAUUACGGUCGCGAGAUAAGGCACAUUGUUUCUCUUUGGUUGUUUCAAUUAGUCUUAGGUUGAGUUGGUAGAUGCUCAUGAACUUGAGUUGCCUGGUCACUUGCAUCAUUUUUCUUUUUUUUUAAAAAAAUAACUGUUUAGUAGUUCUCCGUGUUUCUCCAUCCAACAGGAAUGCAGAAUAGUUAUUGU